GUUUUCGCGCGUUCUGUUCAUUUGUAUUCACUACCUUGCCUCUAGGCUGUGACUCGUUUGACUCGUACAAGUCGUGAUGUCGUCUACCGAAGUCGUUGCUGAACAGCUGCAAGAAGCCGUCUCUCCGGUGAAGAAUGUCGAGGCAAAGGAAAAGCCGGAAAGCCCCCGCAAAAGGAGACUAACUGGCGACGAGGCGGAUAUUGCUGAGAAGACCGUUGCGAAGAAGCCGCACACUGAGGACGAGCAACCAAAAGAGAAGGAAGAGGAAGCACCACCCACAACCGAGAAAGAGGAAGUCAAAGAUGAAGAAAAGAAGAAAGCGGUUGUGGAAGGACCAGCUGAGAAAGAAGAAGCUGUGGAGGGACCAGCUGAAAAAGAGAAAGGAGAUGAGGCAGCUGGUGAGAAGGAGGCUGAGACAGCCGGUGAGAAAGAAAUCCCUGAGGUUGUUGCGGAAAAGGAGGAAAGUGUCGAAGAAAAGCAAUCGUCCGAAGGCAGCGCCGAUGAAGCCAUUUCUGAGGAAAAGGACGCCGAGAAGAAAGAAGGUGCUGCCAUGGAGGAUGCUGAUUCGAAGGAUGAGGAGACAGCUGACAAGAAGACCGACGUCGAAGGUCCAGCCGAGCGCGAGUCCGAAGCAGAAGUUGCUGAGGCUUGAACUAACCUGUAAUCGAUACUCAUCGUUCAUGCUUUGUGUACAAUAUUAUUAUACGUGUAAUCAUUCGGUUAAGGCAUGCUGUAUCUGUGAAUAAACGUUGUCUUGUGAGCGAGA